GUUUGCAGCUUUCACGCUUUUUGCAACUCUGUGUUUCUUUACAAAUGCUAACGGUUCUUCUGUCACCUUGAUUGUUAUUCCCGUCUUAUCAGAAAUUAAUAUUUUUGAUUGUUUAGUGAUUUAAAUAUGAAUUUUGUGGCUGCUCUUAAAUGUGGUACUACACCAGAUGUGGUGGCAGCGCGAUGUAUUAACCAGUUCCUGUUUCGAUCCGGGCCUCAAGAGGAGCUUUGCCUAGAGACGUCAGCAGAUUUUAUUAAUGAAUUGUUCAAAGCGAUUGGCAUGCACACCCAGUUUACUGCACAAGAUUUGGAAAAGGGAAAAGAUUUCGAUUGGGAGGCAGCUGGUUGCCGUUGCUACAUUUUUCAUCGUGAUGCCACGUUCUUCAACAAUUUUGAGCGUUUUCUUACUCAACUAAGUAAAGCAGUGCGCAAGGUACAAGCAACUGCCUCGGAAUCCAAGGCACUUCUACUAUACUGCGAAUUGCUGGGUGUUUGGUGUAAUUGUUGCAUAGAUUUGCAGAAACAAGAUGCCGAUAUGCAAGUGAAGUUUCUCGUAGAGCCAAUUGCGCGCAUUAAUUACAUGCUCUUUCUUGGUGUGCACAAAAUUAAAACAAAAUGUAGUGUGGACUUUUGCGGUGUAGACACAAUUUCUAAAUACCUGCUGAACAGCGCGUUACAUGGUUUAUUCUUUGAGGAAUGUCAUUCAUACAUAGCUGAAGGUUUAAGUAAAAUUGUAGAAAAUUACUUUGCAACAUCGAAUGCCUUUAAUGAAGAUGCAUUUAAAUUCUAUCGCCUUGUUUUUAGAGUGGGGCAACACAAAGCCACACAUUGUGGUAUUUUCAAAAGCCUCAUACGUAUGCUGGACAAUCUUUCAAUACAGCAAGAUGUAAGCAACCACCGUCAGCUUGUACGCUUUCUUAUUGAAAAGGAUAUGCAGGAGAUUUACUACACAUUUCUAAAAUUGGAAAAGACAAAAGGCUUGCUAAUGGCCACACUCAAUUUUUUGCAGAAAUUGCAGCCACAGUUAAUUGAUUUGGAAUGUUUCUCGAAAACGUUUCUGGAGGCAAUACUUGGGCUUGCAUUGCAUAAAGAUGAAAAUAUUUCAUUAACUGCUGCGGAAUUGUACAUUAAAAUGGCACGUGCCAAGGCAUGCGAUGAUGACCAUAUACUAAAGCAUGUACUGGAGUUUUAUUUGGAAGAAACGACAAAUAUUGAGUUGAUGACUACUUAUGUUAAUGCUUUAUGGUCAUAUUUUCCCUAUAUGCAGUCAAUAGAAAUAUAUUUUAACUUGCUGAAAGAUGCUGAGAACGUGCCAAUUGUCAUGCAUUAUUUUGUUGCACAAUUUAUAGUUGUGGUGUAUAAAAAAAUGUUGGAACAACCAGGUCGUGAGCGAUAUACAAACGAAUUUAUUUUCGUUUAUAAAACAUUGCCAACAUUAUUCGACGAAUUAAAUAGCCAAUGCGUGAAAGGCAUACUACUGCAGUUAUAUAGCUUUUCUGAUCAGCAAUUGUUGUGUGAGAAUUGUGCUGAAUUAAAACAAUUACUACCUAAGUAUGAAGAUCAUUUCGUAUCGACAUUUAAAGGUGAUACAAAGUUGCACUAUCUCUAUUUGUACGCUUCAUUUGCACAUUUUGCACGCUCCAUUGAAAAGACAACAAAUUUUUAUAAAUUAGAUGUAUGCGGAUUACACGUUUAUGCACAAUAUGUAGACAUAGAGCGUAAGCUCCAAGCACUUGAUACAGGAAAGUCACCAAGUGCGCAGCAAGUGAGUGCCUACUGCUAUAUAAUACAAAAAAUCGGCGUUUUAUUGAAGUUAGGCUAUAAUGUAUUUGAUCAGUUGGAACAUAUUUUAAAAACGCUGCAUGUGCGCUUGCUCGAUACUAAACAAUUAGAAAAGUUUGCUGCUAAAGAAAUUUUCAUUGAUGUUUACGCCAUUGAUUUGCUGGUGAGUGGCUGUAUUCAAUUAUCACGCAACAAAGAUUUCACGAAGUCUUCAAAAUUGUGGCUUGUGCGUGAAAUACACGCCUUGGAAACUUAUUUAGUUGCUUGUUUAAGCAAAGCGGAGUCAACAACUAAUGCACAAAUGUAUCGUGUCAAAACGUAUUUUCUCUGUCUUGCAAAUUUGUAUUACACAUUUCGUGAAGCCUCUGACAUACCCAAGUUGCAACUUAAGCUGCAACCAUAUCAUGUCAUGGUUGAAACAUUGCUGUAUAGUUGUUUACAGCGUAAGCCAAGAACACAAGUUGUCAGCGAAGAGCAGUCGGAAUUGCAUCCUAAGCAUAUAAUGAGCUUUCAGCAAAGUAUGUUUAACAAAUUCACGAAGCUGCACUCAACGAAAGAUAUUGAACUGCCAACGCCAGCAGCUUGGAAGUUAUGCUUGCGCUAUGGUGUGACUGCACAUAAGUUUUCCGAUGAAUUAUUUGCAUUUAUGAAAGCUUUAACAAAAUACCAUUUCAAAAUAUUUACACAUAUUUCUGCCGUAUUGGUAUACAAUUUGUACAAUCAAAAGCCACCGUUCACAAUGGACGUUAUACAGUCCGUUAUUCGUGCACAAAAGUCCUUCAUUGAUCAGCUUCCAGCAGAGAAUACGCCCACUUUGAUCUGUGUUAAUGUAGUAUUGCGUGUUUUGCAAUUUCUACAACAAGCCCUAAUAAAACUACCACCCAUCACCGGCGGCAAUCGUUUGACAGCUUUGAAACAUCUAUAUCUCUAUACACACAAUUUGAAUGUUAACAAUGAUAAUGUGUUGCCCGAUAUUCAAGACCAAGCGAAAGCCUUGCAGAAUCACAUGUUAAAUAAUGCCGAACAAAUGUGUUUAAAGGCGUAUUUAUGCGCUUUGAGCGCGAACACAGAAAGCCGUGCAAGAAUAUGAGCUUAACUUGCACACACAACAAAGUUUCACGCAAAAGUAUAAAAUUAUCCCUAUGUUGACAAAUAACUAAAAAUGCACUGCGGCGAUAUAUUCUAGAAAUUCAUCGAUAUACUUAUGUACUUACGCGUAUGUCAUUUACUUUUAAGUUUUAAGUUUUACGUUUAGUCUUUAUUCUCAUAAAUUAAACUGAUUUCCUUUUCAUUAUCAAUAUUUGUAAACAAUGAGUUAUUGUAUACACAUACAUAUGGUAUAUACUUCUGUACGUGGAUGUGUGAAUAUGAAAAUGGAAGUUGCGAAUUUGUACUUUUCCUAUGAAAUGAAAAAACGCCAUAUUUUCAUAAAUUAUAUUUUAAAGCACUAUAUUUAUAAAAAUACAUACAAAUAAUUAUAUACCUAUCGGUUUCUAGCAAAUAAUUUGUGAUUGCUUAUCACUGAGUGAUUAAUUAAUAAUAUUUGUACAUUUAUUUCUAAUGUUCUCAUUUAUUUGCAUAUACAUCAUAUAUAUGCGUCUAAUUUUACUUCUGUGCCAAUAUUUUAUAAUGAAUUACCGCACCAUGUUUCCUGCGCACCACGUUUUCAUUCGUGUAUUAACCUCAAUCUUAAAAAACCUCAAUCUUAAAAAUCGCCCGUUUGUUAAUAUUGCCUGUUAAUUUUUAACUUAUGUGCAUAUGUAUAUAAGUAAAAGCAUUAUGCGGGUCAUCGAAAAAUAUAAGCAAAGUUACUUAAACAAUUUUAGAUUUCAUUGACUGUUUGCUUAAGUUAUUAACAAGCAUGAAUGCAGUCGCAUAUGUAACUAACCAAGAGUCGUAAAUUGUUUGCGAGUUGUGUUUUUUUGUUGCAAGUUUCUGAAAAAACCACCUAUUUUUAAUAUUAGUUUAAGUGGGCUUUCGAUAAAAUUUGUUAAAUAUAUAUAUAAUUAAUGCGCGCGAGAUUUGGCAAAAAAUUCACAAAAUAAUUAAAUAUUUUUGUUUUCAGUAUCUGCACUACAACUUUUAUGUGUUGUUCAAAAUUUAGUAAUUUUAUGUAUUUAAAUAUUGAAAUCUGUUAAAUUCAACAGCUUUAAUAAUUUAGAGGCUUAUAUGAUUUAUCUAUGAUUUUAGUUAUAGCAAUAUGUAAAUUUAACAUUAUUACUAAAUACAUAUAUUAUUACUUAUAUUUUGAUUAGUAAAAACAUUCAAUUAAAUACUAAUUAUAUAUUAUUAUUUUAUUUUGAUUGAUUGUUAAAAAACAAUCGGUAUUUAUGGUGACAGGAUUUAGUUCGAUUAGCGUUUAUGGUAUGUUUAGAGGUGCAAGUUUGCUUAGAUACAUUUCAGUUAUAAAUAUAAAAAGUGACAAGCAAAACAAUUAUUUAAUACUAAUAUAAAAUACAUUUUAAAAUAAACUAAUAUAAUACAAUAAAAUUAAAUGUUUAAUUAUUAAAUCGUAUAUAAAAUAUUGUAAAUAAAUUAUAUAACUAUGUAAGAGUGUCGAAAUUGAUUAAACGAUAAAUAAAUUUUAGUUUUAUUGAAUUUUAUAUAAAUUUAAAUUUAUUUCAUCUAAAUGAAAACAAAAAAGAAUUCUAAUAGUUAUUAUGUCUAAUUUAAAUACUAAAUAUUACCAUAUAGCGUUAUAUUUUUAAAUAAAGCCUACUUCACUGUUCAGAAUUCAUAAAAUUUCACACUUCGAUUUCGUUUAAAAUAUUUUAAAAAGUCUGUCAACAGCUAACACAUAAAUCACAAGACACUUUCUUUUUUGCAUUUAGCGCGCAUUUUAAAAAUAUAGUAAUAAUAAAUUAAUAGCCAUCUCUGUAAUAAAAAUCUUUGUCGGCGGAAGUUUACUUGUAAAUUACGCAUUAAUUUGAAUACCUACGCACUUGUUGAUGUGUCAUUUACACUUGUCUAUCUAGGCCUUAAGUGUGUACUUAAUUUUUAGCUCUUGAGGGGAAUUAAAGCAGACACACAGGUACUUGGAAUAACAUUUUUUACGCUAUC